UGCCGCCUUGCGAUAAGAUAAAGCUUGCAUUGUCCGGGUUAAAUUUCAAAGGAGCAAAUGUGAUUUUAUCUUACAUAUGUCCACCUUUCAGGGCUUCUGAACUCAAUAUGACAGCGAGGUUCUACCUCCUAGUCUCUAUUCUAGAGCUAGUUGCUGUACUGACUACCGCCCGGAGCUUUGUACGACGAGAUGUUAACAACCCUGCAGUACAAGCCCCCCUCCUCCAAACCCAGUUCCUCGGUGCAUUGAGCAUACAUAACGACCAAACGACCCAGUGUUUCAACAAAUUCCAAAAUUAUCUGACAGCUAGAAGCGAAAACGACGACAAGGACUUAGGCAAUUACGAAAAGUGUGACAAUAUCUGGACCAUUCUCGACCUCAUCGGGGAGGUGGAAGAGGCCACUGACUGUGAUGUAAACAGCACUCAGCACCAGCACCAGCAACAAGCCAUCGCAGAUAGGUCCGAGCAAUGUAAACUCUUCACUAGAAACGGGUGCCCUUUCUACGGCAUGGAUAAACAUUGUUCCUGUAGACCUAAUGACACUGACUGUGCUUAAAGUUAAUGGAACUCAUGCUUAAUUCUUCAUAGACGAGAUGUGAGCAUGCUCCUACGAUAACUGGAUUCCUAAUAGAAAUUAGUAACGCUGAAAUUAUAUUCUUUUUUGAUUGUGUAUAUUCUUUUUUGAGAAGAUUACAUUAGUAUCCUUUUUAAAAAAGAUGUUCAAUGAUUUUGACAUUUAGAUGUUGUAUAACUUUUUUUAACUUUCAGAAAUAUUUUCAUGAUUUUCGGAGUCGCAUUGUAACUUAUAGAUUCUCAUUUUCUUUGCUUACACACA